AUGUCGACGUCAGCUGCAGCUAGGAAAAAGAAGGGCUCGACACCGUCGGCUUUGGAUGCAGCGGCGGCGGCGGCCCUAGCCCAUACCCUCGGUCGCGGUGAUGGCUCAGCGCCGGCGGCUCUCUCCCUCGGUCGUGGUGGGGGCUCAGCGCCAACGACCCGCUCUCUCGGACGUGGAGGCGGCUCAACAGCGACCGCGACCCGCCCAACCAUCAGUGGUCUCGGCAAGGGCACGGCGACGGCGCCAUCCUCCAUCGAUGGAUCCAGUGUAGGUGCCUUCCCCAGCUCUUCGUCGUCCAUGGAUGUGUUUCCGUUCCCCCCUUCACCGUCUCCAGCUUUGUGGGAUGCGGUCGGCGGUGAUCCCUCUUCUCCUGGAUUUGGGCGUUCAACAGCUUGGGAUGCAUCAUGGUAA